AAAUUUCCGGCUCUGGUAGAUACCGGAAGUCACUUUCUUCUCGUGGAUAAUUGUGACUGCUUCACACUCAUGCACAAACUUUAUAAUUCUUUUGAUGUGACUGGAGAGGUCCAAAGUCGUCUCAAAUGUCCAAUACUGACUAAACCAGAAGAAAGAGGUUUCUUGAACUGGUUAAAAUCAAAUCGGACCCAGGGUGUAGAUCGUUAUGUUCCUGUUUGAAUGUUUACGUCCUUUUGCAGUCCAGUGUAUGUCGGUUUCUUUAACGUUAGCUCAAACAAUUCGGCGAACAGUACCACGGAGUCUUUCUUUUUUAUUAAUAUGACUUUCGACCGUGGGAAUCGUACAUCAUUGUAGCAAACCCCAGCAGUACCUGAAAUUAAGUGUUGUAAUGGAAGCCAGUAAAAUGAUCUAAAUGGGUAGAUAACGUCGCUAACGCAAUUCGGUAUCCAUUCGCCGCGGCUUGCAGAACCAAUUUCUUCAAAAAUGGUCAAUAUUCUUUCAUAAAAAUGUACUUAAUACGAGUCGGUGGAUUCCAAUAAAAUGUGUUGUAUUUUGAGUUUGGCAUGAUUAUUAGCCAGUCAGGAAUGUAUCGGUUUUGGACUCGCUGGGUCUCUAGAGUCCGCGAUGGCAAUGAACGUGACCUCAGCACGGAUGGAUGUCUACUGGUAGCUGCGCGUUUUGGAAUAACGUUGAUUGUGUAAACUUGAACGCGGGGUUCAUUCACAAUAUCGCUCCCGUCACCUAGUCUAAAAAUGGAGAACAUUAUGCCGUCGGAAAUUGAGAAAGCUAAGGAAUUCUGGAGAAAUGUGGAUGUGAGCUUUAUAUUUGGUGCCCUGUGUGAUCGCCUGCAGUACCUGAGAGACAGGAUUGAAGCGGAGAGAGCUUCAGACAGAGAGUUUAUUGUGGGUAUGAACAUAAUUCUGGCAUCUGAACUCUACAUCAGUCCAAAGGCCGAGACUGACUCUGAUGAGGAGUCUCUGCUUUACGGUGACGUUCUGCCAGUGGCCGUGACAGACGGGGACCCUGUGGAGUGGAAGGUGGAGGGUGAGGUGUCACAGGGCAGCUCUCGAAACAGCUCCCCUUUCAGCCCGGACGCCCCCGUAUCGCCCUCCCAGCCCGAAGGAGACGACCUCUCCCUGCCGCCAUCGCCCCUGCAGUUUGAAAGCAGCGAACUCCUGCCCUCCCCGCCUGAAAACCAGGACCUCCUCGCCCCCCUCUCUCCCAGCCACACUGAAGGAGAAGGCCCCCGGACCCCCCCGUCUCCGGCCCAGACGGGGAGGGGCAGCCCCAUGGCCCCGCUCUGCCUCCUCCAGCCCGUCUUCCAGCCCCACUCCUGCAGCUGGAUCUGCCUGCCCCUCCCCUCGCUGUCAGCCUAUCAGCACCUCCGGGGUCGCAACCCCUUGAAAGUUCCCCUGAUUUGGGGUUUCCAGCGGCUGCAUGCCGCGCCCCCGGGGCAGGGGGCAGAGUCUGGAGGGCCGGUCGUCUUUUACAAGGCGCCGUGUGGGCGGAGCCUGCGGGGGCCGGGGGAGGUGCUGCGCUACCUGCGGGAGACGGAGGCCGACGCCCAGCUGCACCUGGGCAACUUCAGCUUCAGCGCCGCGGUGCUGCUGCAGCGCAGGGUCCCGCCCCCAGGGGGCGCCAGGGAGCUGCUGGACGCGGACAUCAGCCGGGGGGCGGAGCCUGUGGCGGUGCAGCUGUGGAACGCGGUGGACGAGGGGCGGCCCGCGCGGUUCCGGUACCGCUCGCAGUGCUGGCUGCGCGGCUGCCUGCCGGGGGCGGGGCCCGUCUACGCGUCCUGCUGCGACUGCGCAGACGGCUGCGCAGACCCACGCACCUGCGCCUGCCUGCAGCUCUCCCUCCGGCCUGCCCCCAACGCCCAGCUCUACCGCUUCAGACGCCUGCCCCGCCCCCUGCCCUCUGGGCUGUACGAGUGUGGACCGUGGUGUGGGUGUGACCGCGCUCGCUGUCAGAACCGCGUGGUCCAGCACGGUCUGCAGGUGCGCCUGCAGGUGUUCCGCUCCCAGGACCGGGGGUGGGGCGUGCGCUGCAUCGAUGACCUCGACGCGGGCACCUUCGUCUGCACGUACACAGGUGUGGUUCUGAGGGCGGGGCCAGAUUCGGGAACGUCGCGUUUGAGCGCGGUGACCUCUGACCCUUCCCCUCUCAAACGGAAGAGAGAGGAGCAGUCCUCGGACGAUGAGGUGGAGGUGGUGGAGGAGUGGAGGGUGCCCGCGGUGGAGUCGGGCUCCCCCCCGAACCCUGAACCCCCGAACCCCUCCCCCGCCUCGCCCCCCGUGCACGUGUCUGUGAUCAAGACGCCAGCGGGACCGCUGGCUGCAGCAGACGGCGAGCAGGAGCCCCAGUCUGGAGGUGUAGAGAGAGGAACAUCUCCCUUCUCAGUGUCCCACCCACUCCUACUGCUGCCCCAAACCAACACAGAUGCAGAGAACGGCAAGUGGGAGGGCAAAGAGGCGGAGCCUGGGCUGAACUCGGAGUGGGCGUGGCUAGGGGAGGGCGGAGACGGAGAGGAGGGUCACACCGGAGCAGACGAGGAACACCUGUACUACCUGGACGCCACAGAGGAGGGCAAUGUGGGGAGAUUCCUUAAUCAUAGCUGCUGCCCGAACCUCUUUGUGCAGAACGUCUUCAUCGACUCCCACCACCGCGACUUCCCCACGGUCGCCUUCUUCACCAGCAGGGCGGUGACCGCUGGAACAGAGCUGACCUGGAACUACUCGUACGACCCAGGAAGUGUUCCGGAACAGGAAGUGCCGUGUCAGUGUGGCUGUGAGAGUUGCCAGGGAACGCUGAUCUGAUGAGGUCAUCCUUCCUGCUCUGGGCACCAUUUCCUGCCCUAGGCACGACUUCCUGCCCUAGGGACAACUUCCUGUGCUGGGCUCAGCUUCCUGGAGGACAAGGACGAGCACAUUACAUUACAUUACAUUACGUUACGUUGCAUUUAGCAGACGCUCUUAUCCAGAGCAACUUAAACAACUUUUUACAUAGAAUUUUACACUGCAUGCAUUUUAUACAGCUGGAUAUAAACCUAGUUGUAUCAAGGGUACGACGGCAGUGUCCUACCCAGGAAUCGAAACUGUGACCUUUCGGUUACAAGCCCUUAGCCACUAGUGGGUACGCAUGCUCAGUCAUACUCACCGCCCUCACCGCCCCCCCCACCCCCCCCCGUUUCUUUCCUGCUUGGUACACGUGGCCCUCAGGCCGGACGCUGUGUGGCUGGGCUGAAUGGGGUUGGAGGGCGUUUAUCUGUUUUACGAAAUGUCACAGUAGCGACCCCGUGCCGGUUUAUGAGACCGCUCUUCUGUGGCACGUGUCUGAUUUUUGGUCUGUGUGCUGGAGCCUUUUACCGAAACCAUUUUAAACUCUGUGACUCCAGGACCAGUGAGCGUUUUAAACUCUGUGACUCCAGGACCAGUCAGCGUUUUAAACUCUGAUUCAGGGACCUGUGGGAGGAUGUGUGUUCUUUCGUUUAUCUGUGGGUUUUACUGGCUUUAGUGGGCAGUGAUCUGUAGUUUGAUAUGCAGUUAUGAUCUUGUUCUUUGUAAUGGUUUCCACAAUCGUGCUGCCUGUUCAUGUACCACAGAAGAAGUGAUGUGUGACAGCUUCCUUGGAAAUGGCAAUGUACACAAAAGGACUGAUUGAGAAGACUCUUUUUUGAAUGUCAUUUUUGGAAUAAAUGUUUUUCCACUUUUCCACCAGA